AUGGGAAAAUUUAUCAAGUCCAAUAAAGUGGUCCUGGUGUUAAAUGGACGUUAUGCUGGACACAAGGGAAUAAUCGUCAAAAAUUUUGAUGAAGGUGCAACAGAUAAGCCAUACGGGCAUGCCUUAGUUGCAGGAAUUGCUAAAUAUCCCCAGAAACUAACCAAGAAAAUGACCAAAAGAAAGUUAUCUCUGAGAUCCAGGAUCAAGACCUUUGUUAAAGUGUAUAACUACAACCAUCUGAUGCCUACCAGAUAUUCACUUGAUGUUGGUUUAGAUAAAAAUGUAGUUAACAGAGACGCAGCUAAAGAUCCUGCAUUAAAAGCCAAGGCUAGGAAAGAAGUUAAAGCUAAAUUACAAGACCGAUAUAAGAAUGGAAGAAACAGAUGGUUUUUCAGGAAACUGAAAUUCUAA